AGGUAGAUGGAGAAGCUCAGCCAAUCAAGAGGUCUCUGGGGCAAAGAAGGCGGGACGAGGAGGAAAAGUUUAGGACAGGAACGCCAACCAAUCCUGCGCCUAGCUGCCGGAGCAACGGCCACCAGCACCCACUUGCAGACGCCGCUCGGAGCGGGGGGGAUGGUUAGUGGGCAGUGAACCAAUCCGUGCCGAGGGAAGGCCAAUUGGAGCCAAUUAAAACUGAGAAGGGAGCCACUGGUGGGGACCUUCCUAGGGUCCUUUUCCCUUCGUGGGGUGCUAUGGAGUUCCCAGAACACAGCCAGCAGCUGCUGCAGAGCCUACGAGAGCAGCGGUCCCAGGGUUUCCUUUGUGACUGCACCGUAAUGGUGGGUAGCACCCAGUUCUUGGCCCAUCGGGCUGUGCUGGCCUCCUGCAGCCCAUUCUUCCAGCUUUUCUACAAAGAGCGGGAACUGGACAAGAGGGAUCUGGUGUGCAUCCACAAUGAGAUUGUCACAGCCCCAGCCUUUGGGCUGCUUCUGGACUUUAUGUAUGCUGGCCAGCUGGUCCUGAGGGGGGACACCCCUGUGGAGGAUGUGCUGGCAGCGGCCAGCUACUUGCACAUGAACGACAUCGUUAAAGUGUGCAAGCGGCGGCUGCAAGCCCGGGCCCUGGCAGAGGCAGACAGUACCAAGAAGGAGGAGGAAACCAACUCACAGCCCCCUAGUGUGGAGUUUUUGUCCACUUCCCGUGGCCCCCAGCCUUCGAUGGCAUCUGCCGAGACAUUAGGCCAUUGGGGCAAAGGGGAAUGGAAGGGCUCUGCCGCUCCCUCACCAGCUGUCUGUCCUCCAGAUGAGCCACCAGUGCCCGGGGGGGCUGACACUACACAGCCUGGCGUGGAGGUCGACUCACCACAUCUACGGGCGCCUCCUCCACCGGCGGCUGAUGUCUCCCUUGCCAGCCCCAGUAGCUCCACAGAGACCAUUCCUGCAAACUACUUCUCUUCGGGCCUUCCAACAGUUUCCGUGGAGCCACUGGCUCCCCUUGACGUGGGUACUGAGAGUCUGAGGAUGGUGGAACCGAGGGGUGCUGGGGGACCACUGCAAGGCUUCUAUCCUCCAGCUCCAGCAGCGGCCCCAAUCCCAGCCCCAGUUCCAUCCCAGGCCCCAGCACCAGUGGAAGCUGAGCUGGUCCAGGUGAAAGUAGAAGCUAUUGUGAUUUCUGAUGAGGAGCCCGAGGUGUCCGAGGAACAGCCUCAGGGGCCUGAGGGACUAUUCCCGGCCGGAGGAGCAAUGUAUGGUGGGCAGGCGCCUCAGCCAGAGGCUUUUGAGGAGCCAAGAGCAGCAGGACUGGAGGAGGUGGGGCCAAGUGACCACUUCCUGCCCCCAGAUCCUCACCUACCCUACCAUUUGCUGCCAGGUCCAGGGCAGUAUCCUCGAAGCCUGGUGACAUCGCCCCUGCCUGCUCCCCCGGCCCUGCACGAGCCACUUUACCUGCCUUCUGAAUAUGAAGCAACCCCGGGAAGUUUUGGGGUUUUUACUGAGGAUGUGCCCACUUGCAAGACAUGUGGGAAGACCUUCUCGUGUUCUUACACACUAAGGCGACACGCCACAGUGCACACCCGCGAGCGACCCUACGAGUGCCGUUACUGCCUGCGCAGCUACACGCAGUCGGGGGACCUGUACCGACACAUCCGCAAGGCUCACAACGAGGACCUGGCCAAACGCAGCAAACCGGAUCCCGAGGCCGGCCCCCUCCAGGGAGGACAGCCCCUCCAUGGCUCCCCUACAGCAGACAGACAGAACAACAGUGGUGGAGGGCCACCCAAAGAUUUUGUACUCGGCCCCAAAAACUGACAUCUGCACGAGCAUCAUAAGCCGAUGCUAGGCUUGCUCUUGCCAUCAUCAGGGGGCAGCAGAGACUAGAAGCCUCUCCUUUCCCCUGCUGGGGGAGCAGAAUGACCCCUUCCCAGACUGAAGACUCCCGCCGGUUUUUCUUGACCCAGACAGCAGGACUUUCUGGGCCAAUGCAUCUCAGUCAGCUCCUCUCCAAGGGCACUGGGAAUUUUUCUGAGGUGUAACCGCCUUCCACCUUGCCUUCUGGACCAUAAAGCUAGCAGUGAAAAGUAUCUCUUUGAACUGGUGUUGGCUGGUUUAUUCCACAAAUCUGCAUGCCUCCUGAUUGCUCCAUACUUCUCCUGCAGAUCUUUUAGGAAGCUGACAUCUGUACCUGGGGUAGGGUUCGGGGUCAGGUUGCUUUUGAGGGGGAAAAAAAAAUGAGACAGGCAGAAGGCAACCUGGAGUUGGCUUAGUAGAAGUGUACGGAUUAGGGAAUCGUACCCAGUGAUGGUUUAUUGUAGUUGAGCUCCUGUGUCCUGGGCUGUACUGAGGACUCAUAAAAAAUACUCAGUUCUCAACAACUUUAUGAGGUAUUAGCACCCCCCUCCCCUUUCCUUUUUCCACCAGGCAAGGAAACGGGAGACUCAAAAAUCAAGUUAACCUAUUCAAGGUCACAGGGCAAGUUCAGGAGCAAGCCAGAAUUCGAAUUGUGGCUUCAAACACCGAGCCCACUGUGCUGGGUUAGAACAUUGUUGAGGAGAGUUAACUAAGAACCAGAAGUUUUCUCUUUUGUCCUCGUGAGUGUUGGGCUUUGCUCCCUUACCCCUUUGCCUCUACUUUCAAUGUAGAAAGCCUUUGGCUGACUGUUUCAACAACAGACACUGUAUCAAUGAAAUUUUUGCCUGUGUGUCCUAAUAUGAAUUGAGGUCUCCGAAGAUGAGGAACCCAAAGGCAGAAAACACGAAGCUCCGGGGUGGUGGGCUUGUGGGGGAGGGGGAGGGCCUGUGGUAUGGAAAAGAUGGGUGCUUGGGAAAAACUAAAGCGAGGAACUCCAAAUGAGAGCCUUUUAUCGUUCCUCUAGUCCAGCUCCCUCACCUGAAAGCAUGAGGACAGCCUCGGGAAGUCAGAUUACUCAGCUGUGGUCACACAGAUGGUUCUGGGCAGUGGAGACUGCAGAGAAACAGGAGUCUGGGUGUUGAGGUGGGUUCUGGGAGCUCUGGGAAUGUAACAGAAGGGGCCUGCCCUUCCGUUCUCUGUGUGAACAGUGGUGCCAUAGGGUAAGAGGGUUCCCGAAAAAACCUCGAUUCUGCACAUAAGGAACCAAGUGCAAAAAAGGCAGGAUGAGUUAAUUUUCUGCAUUUCUUUUCUCUCUUUUUGGCUUUGUCUGUCCUAUUCAGCACUGUGAGCUCUUGCCAGCGAGCGACUGUUUCUGAGUUAGAGGAAGGAGUAACAAACAUCAGAGGUUUGGCCGAAGGAAGCUCAUUAUCUGGGGCAUUGAGGGAAGCAAACCAUUGAUGCUUAACAUUUUCACAGCUGAAUGAAUUCUAGGCCUUUCCCUCUCCUUGUGUUGGAAUAACCUUUGUCUUUCAAAUGGCUAAUUUUAUUAGUGCAAAUAUAUAUUCCUACCUUAACGCCUUGGCAUCGGUAACAAGGCAAGAUACAUAUACCCACAGUAAGUUAUUCUAGCUGAGGGGAGCACCUUUUCCAAAGUCUUUGCUAGAGUAAAUAUCAAAGCAAAAUGCCUAAAACCAAUCAGUUGCCUUUAAAAGGGUAAAUUUUGGGCGCCUGGGGGCUCUGUCGGUUAAGCACGUGCCUUUGGGUCAGGUCAUGAUCCCAGGGUCCUAGGGUCGAGUCCCGCAUCGGGAUCCCUGCUCAGCAGGGAGUCUGCUUCUCCCCUCCACUUGUGUUCUUGUGGGCGCGCACUCUCUCGGUCUCUCAAAGAAAAUUUUUAAAUAAAAGGGUAAAUUUUAUGGUAUGUGAAUUAUGUAAAUAUCAUAUAUAUGGAAAGGAGAGACCAAAAAGAUAAAAUCAGUUACCUCAGAACAUCAGUUCCUAAAAGCAAGACAUAAUAUCAUGUCCACAUGUAUGUAUAACGUAUGCAACUUCUCUAGACAGUCUGGCAAAUGCA